AGCAGGCUCCAAUCCACAAUCCAACCCCAUAAACGUCACCAUGAAAGGUGGCGCUGCCACUGGCGGCAGUCCUAGUUUCAACAACAACAUUACUACUACUAGUGACCAAACGACGACGUCUACGUCCUCCUGGGGCACGUGGGAGGAGCUCCUGCUAGCAUGCGCCGUCAAGCGCUACGGCGUCCACGACUGGGACACCGUCGCCCUGGAACUCCAAGCCAAGACCUCUCUCCCUCCCCUCCUCACCACCGCCUCCAACUGCAAGCUCAAGUACCUCGACCUCCGCCGUCGUUUCCGCUCCCGCCACCAAAACGACGACGUCCCUCCAGACGCCGACGACAAUCACCACGAUCCUCAUAACAAUAAUACUAACAAUAUUCCCUGGCUCGACGACCUCCGCAAACUCCGCGUCGCCCAGCUCCGUCAAGAGCUCCAUCGCUACGACGUCUCCAUCGUGUCGUUGCAGUUGAAGGUGAAGAGGUUGGAGGAGGAGAGAGAAGAGAGCUUCAAAGACGACGACCCCAAACCAGAUCUGGAGGACCAGCAGCAGCAGGACUCCAAUCGACACAGAUCAGAAAACGACAAAACAGUUCAAGGCGAACCGGACGGGUCGAAACCGGACCACGAGAACCAGUCGGUGAACGGCUCCAAUUCGACCUGCUCCAAAAACCUGGACCACGACAACAAGUCCGGUCCAGAAGAUCGGGCUCUAUCUGAACCGGGCCUGGUCCCGGCCGGUUCCGCUGAACCUUCCAAAAGGACGGGGAGUGGGCAGUCGGAUUCGGACUCGGACAAAGGAAGCUCGGAAACGGUGGCUAAGAACCGGAAGGAACCGGGCCGGCAAGGGAAAGGUGGGGGCGACUCGGCGGAUAAGAUGAGGGAGAGCAGCGAGGCGCAGAGUUCGGUUAGCUUAACUAAAAAAUGGAACGGCAAACGACGCCGUAUAAUGGAGGUCCCAGAGGAGCAGCAGCAGCACAAUUACGGAGAUGUAUCGUUGGUGAAAUCACAGCCGUUGGUUGAGGUGUUGCAGUUGAUAUGUGCGCAAGAGUAUGGCUCGUUGUUCGAGCGACGGCUUCCGGCCCAGGAAAGCGAUAAGUACAAGAGCAUUGUCCAGCAGCAUGUAGACCUGGAAACUAUACAAACAAAGCUCCGCAAGGACGCCUACUCAUCCUGCUCUCUCUCCUUCUACCGAGACCUGCUCCUCCUCUUCAACAAUGCCGUCGUCUUCUUCCCCAAAUCCUCCCUCGAGUCAAGGACUGCUCACCAACUCCGCCGCCUCGUCUUGAAUGAAAUGAAGAAGAAGAAUCUCAUCACUCGGCCCAACCACGACGCUUCAUCUGAGCCAUCAGACUCCGUAGUUCCUGCACCCGCCACAAGUCAGCAACCCAAACGCCCUGAGCAGCUUGAAAGAUCAGAUUCCUUGCUUGCCAAGCAAAAGUCUACUGCACCCAUCAUUGUCUGCCGCAAAAGGAGCUCCAUUUCGUCAAAACCUUCCGCGGCUGCUUCUAGCUUUGGUCAGACUCUGAAAGGAGAUGAGAAGAAGAAAGCAGCAGCUUUUGAUCUUAAACCGUCCAUUAAAGCCACCAAGGCCUCUUCUGAUGAUCAUGCAGCAGCUGAAAAGCAUGGCAGUUCAGUAGUAGUAAAGAGUGCUGCUGCUGCUAAAGCCAAAGACAACCCCGUGAUCACUGGAACCAGAAGCUCGAGAAGGACGAGUAUGAGUACUGCUCAUCACGAGAAUAAUAAUGGCAGUGCUUCCAAGAAGAAACAAAGUGCGAGCCUGGCAAGUUUGAAAGCCGAAACUCCCAAACCGGAUAAGAAGGGGAAAACGGAGGCAGCAGGGUCGGACAAAAAGCGAAGUGCAGCAGCUGAUUUUUUGAAGAGAAUAAAGCGCAAUUCACCUGCGGACACACUGAAGAGUGGUGGCACUGGCACUGGCACUAGUUCUAGAUCAGGUGGAGAGCAAAAGAGGAGGGGAAGUGGUGCUAAGGUUGACAAAGUUAAAGAAAGGGUGUUAAGGCAAAGUGGCGAUAAGAAGAAACAAGCCAAGGAAGAAAGCAGCAGUCCAUCCAAGCGAAGUGUAGGAAGGCCGCCCAAGAAGGCAGCAGCUGAGGCUGCAAUUGUAGCAGCUUCACCAAAGCGGCCACGGGAGAGCGGAGGACAGCAAGAGGCUUCUAAGCGGCCUAAAAAACGGUCUAGAAGGUAAAUUAAUCGUCUAGCUUUAUGCAUGGCCAUGGACAUGAAGAAGGUAUAACUUUAUUUAUGUAUUCUAGUGAGGGAUAGGGGAAAGUAGAAAGUAGAGCAUUAGGCAGAUAGUACUCCCUGAUCACUAAUCCCUAGGGAUUUUGUUUCAGGUCGAUAUAUUUCAAGUGUAUGCUUGAACGAUUUAUGGUUUUAGUAGUACAAUCGCUGUUUUGUGUCAAAAUAUCCAUUACAAGCGUAUGUAAUAUAAUGUACAGAAGUACUUGUGUAGAAUUAACCCCAGAAAUAAUCGUGUACGGUGUCAAAUUAGAAAGACUCUGUUCUUGAUCAGUGAUAGUUUUCUUGUUUC